GGUAUACGUAUUCUAUCCACGCAAGAUGAACUGUGAAGGGGCAAUUGAGACCCUUCUUUCUCACCAGCCCAGUCUUCCUUACCCUUUCCUACAACCACAUGAUCCCAAACGACCCCAGCGAUAAGCUCAACCAAAACCAGGGCGAUAUCAGUAUUCCAUGGAGGUCAGAGUCUAGAGCCAUUAGGCCGUCCAUUGCAUGUAGAUGGGAUUCUGAUUAUUUCCGAGAACACCUUUCCGAUCUACUUUCUACUUACUCGCUUAGUAGAAUACGUUCAUCCCAACGGUAUAUGCCGGGCCUGGAGAGGUAUCCCGGAUAUACCCUCCACCCGGAUCCGGAUCCGAAUAUGGGUAGAAGUCCGUACUUAAAAUACCUACGUACCUACACGACUCGGUAUCGAACACAAAGCCACGAACGCCUACUCGUACACGGUGCCUGCAUAUGUGACCUGCAUAGAAUCUCCUUCUUUCAUACAAUGCCUGUGAAAACGGCAGAUUGCAGGUUGCAUCACCGGUUUUGCGGCAUGGAGAUGUCAAGCCCUACACCGUUAUUUGCGAAUAGUCUUACACCGAUGUAAGCGUAGCUAGCUCGCCCCAGACCACGAGGCGAGGACGCGCGUGGCGGUUGACGCAAGCCAUCAAUAUCCCCAGUCUAGUCGGUGUAGAAAACGUGAUUAAUUGUCCAUGCGAACUAGAUGCCCGGAAAGGGUCAUAUGCAGCCUUGUUGGCUGACGUCUUCCAACGGACCUGCAGCUGACACGAAAGAACGAGGUUGUUGUCAGCAUUCCACAAGCAGCAUGU